AUGAGGCUUAAGCGGGCGAGAGGCGACAUGUUCCAACUCAAGGCCAAUGAGACAAAACUAGAGGCCGAGAGUGCAUGUGCUUUCUAUGGAAACCACCGAGUUGGCUUUCCCGAUUAUCUCCGAGUUUUCAAGAGAAACUCCUUUAAGAUUCUUUUGGUAUUAUGCCAAACCAAAGUCCGCUAA